GCGAAAAGUUGCUACCGAUAACUGUGCUUUGAGGCGGAGAAGCGGAUAGCCGAGUCAGCCCUGAGUCUCUUAGCGCUUCUUUCCGAGUAUUCCCUCAGUCCUCCUCGGAGUCCUUUACUCGUGUGGAGUCGUCGGAGAUGCCGACGCUGCAGAACAGCGGCCGCCUGCGAACCGACGACGGUGCUGAUGAUGGGGGACCCCAGUCGGCCGUGCGGCGGCUGGAGCGGAGCCGCCAGGUGGACGAGAUGGACCUCAAAUUCGGUUUUGUGCGACUGCGGGAACCCGGGGAGCACACGGGCUGGCUCAUCAACAUGCACCCGACGGAUAUCUUAGAUGAAGACAAGAGGUUGACGAGUGCAGUGGACUACUACUUCAUUCGAGAAGAUGGGAGCAGAUUUAAGGUGGCUCUGCCGUUCAAGCCCUACUUCUAUGUCGCUACUAAAAAGGGAUGCGAGCGCGAGGUGUCAUCAUUCCUGUCUCGCCGUUUUCAAGGGAAGCUGUCAGGCAUAGAGAUGGUGGCCAAAGAGGACCUGGAUCUGCCCAAUCACCUGGUGGGCUUGAAGCACACCUACAUCAAGCUCAGCUUCAUCACCACGGAGGACCUCAUCAAGGUGCGCAAAGACGUGUUCCCGGCGAUCCGCAAGAAUCGUGAGCGAGAGAAAUCCAACGAUGCCUACACGAGCAUGCUGUCAAGUGCGCUGUCUGGAGGCAACUUGCUGGCAGAAGAUGAGGGCAAUUCCAAGAAAAUGUCUGACCAGAUGGAGAACAUCACGGACAUUCGGGAGUAUGACGUCCCCUAUCACGUGCGCGUGGCCAUAGAACUCAAGAUACACGUGGCACACUGGUACAACGUGCGGAUUCGGGGCAGUGCUUUUCCCCCUGAGAUCACCCGGAGAGAUGACCUGGUGGAGCGGCCGGACCCAGUGGUUCUGGCCUUUGACAUCGAGACGACCAAGCUGCCCCUGAAGUUCCCCGAUGCUGAGACAGACCAGAUCAUGAUGAUCUCAUACAUGGUUGAUGGCCAGGGAUACCUCAUCACCAACCGGGAGGUCGUCUCGGAGGACAUUGAGGACUUUGAGUUUACACCGAAGCCCGAAUAUGAAGGUCCCUUCACCAUCUUCAACGAGGCCGAUGAGGCUGGACUCCUGCAGAGGUUUUUCGAUCACCUCCACGAAACCAAACCAAACAUCUUCGUGACCUACAACGGCGACUCUUUUGACUGGCCGUUUGUGGAGCGGCGUGCUCUCGAGCAUGGCCUGGAUCUGCUCAUUGAGACCGGGUUCCAGAAGGAUUCGCAGGGAGAGUACAAGGCCACACAAGCACUGCACAUGGACUGUCUACGCUGGGUGAAGAGGGACAGCUACCUGCCGGUUGGCUCGCACAACCUCAAGGCGGCCGCCAAGGCGAAGCUGGGGUACGACCCCGUUGAGCUGGAUCCCGAGGAGAUGUGUCGCAUGGCAGCUGAAGAGCCACAGACGCUGGCCACGUACUCGGUGUCGGACGCGGUGGCCACCUACUACAUGUACAUGAAAUACGUGCACCCGUUCAUUUUCGCGCUCUGCACCAUCAUCCCCAUGGAGCCGGACGAGGUGCUUCGGAAGGGCUCUGGCACUCUGUGCGAGGCACUACUCAUGGUGCAGGCAUUCCAUGCCAACAUCGUGUUCCCCAACAAGCAGCAGGAGGAGUUCAACCGGCUAACGGGCGACGGUCACGUGCUGGACUCGGAGACCUAUGUAGGGGGCCACGUGGAGGCCCUGGAGUGCGGCGUCUUCCGCAGUGACAUUCCCUGUCGCUUCAAGAUGAACCCAGGUGUGUUUGAGGAGCUCAUGGAGAAGGUUGAGACCACCCUGAAGCAUGCGCUGGAGGAGGAGGAAAAGAUUCCUCUGGACAAGGUCAACAACUUCUCUGAGGUGUGCGAGGAGGUGCGGUCCAAGCUUCGUGCUUUGCAGGAAGUGCCAAGCCGGAUCGAGUGUCCACUCAUUUACCACCUGGACGUGGGGGCCAUGUACCCCAACAUCAUCCUGACCAACCGCCUGCAGCCGUCCGCCAUGGUGGACGAGGCGACGUGUGCAGCCUGUGACUUCAACAAGCCAGGUGCUAGCUGCCAGCGUCGCAUGGCUUGGCAGUGGCGUGGGGAGUUCAUGCCAGCCACUCGGAGCGAGUUUCACCGCAUCCAGCAGCAGCUGGAGAGUGAAAAAUUCCCAUCCAUGUUCCCCGGUGGACCUCCGCGAGCCUUCCACACUCUGUCCCGGGAGGACCAAGCCAAGUACGAGAAGAAGCGCCUUGCAGAUUACUGCCACAAGGCCUACAAGAAGGUGCGGGUGACGCGCAUGGAAGAGCGCAUGACCACCGUGUGCCAGCGUGAGAACUCCUUCUAUGUGGACACGGUGCGUGCGUUCCGAGAUCGCCGCUACGACUUCAAGGGCCUUCACAAGGUCUGGAAGCGCAAGCUGGGCAGUGCCGCGGAUAGCGGUGACGCCGCGGAGGUUAAACGCUGCCGGAACAUGGAGAUCCUGUACGACUCUCUGCAGUUGGCACACAAGUGCAUCCUCAACUCCUUCUACGGAUACGUUAUGCGCAAAGGGGCACGUUGGUAUUCGAUGGAGAUGGCCGGGAUUGUGUGCCACACUGGAGCCAACAUUAUCAUGCAGGCCCGUGAGCUCGUGGAACAGAUCGGCCGCCCGCUGGAGCUGGACACGGAUGGGAUCUGGUGCGCACUACCCAGCUCCUUCCCCGAGAAUUAUAUCUUCCACACGAGCAGUGCCGAGAAGCCCAAGGUCACCGUCUCGUACCCGGGCGCCAUGCUCAACAUCCUGGUCAAGGAGAGCUUUACAAACCACCAGUACCAGGAGCUCACCGAGCCCAGGUCUCUUCGGUACGAGACUCGCUCGGAAAAUUCCAUAUUCUUCGAGGUGGAUGGGCCGUACUUGGCCAUGAUCCUGCCAGCGUCCAAAGAGGAGGGCAAGAAACUGAAGAAGAGGUAUGCGGUGUUCAACGAGGACGGUUCUCUGGCCGAACUCAAGGGGUUUGAGGUGAAGCGGCGCGGAGAGCUACAGCUCAUCAAAAUCUUUCAGUCGUCGGUGUUCGAGGCGUUCCUCAAGGGCUCCAACUUGCAGGAGGUUUAUGCUGCCGUGGCCAAGGUGGCUGAUUACUGGCUCGAUGUGCUCUACAGUAAGGCAGCCAACAUGCCAGACCAGGAGCUGUUUGAGCUCAUAGCAGAGAACCGCUCCAUGUCACGCAAGCUGGAGGAUUACGGUGCCCAGAAGUCGACGUCCAUCAGCACGGCGCGCCGCCUUGCCGAGUUCCUGGGGGACCAAAUGGUGAAGGACGCCGGACUGAGUUGUCGAUUCGUAAUUUCACGUCGGCCAGAGGGAGCCCCAGUCACAGAGAGGGCUAUCCCACUGGCGAUAUUCCAGGCUGAGCCGAGUGUCAGCAAGCACUAUCUACGCAAGUGGCUCAAGAGUCCCUCUCAACAAGACUUUGACAUCCGAUCGAUAUUGGACUGGGAUUACUACAUAGAGCGACUGGGCAGCGCUAUACAGAAGAUCAUCACGAUCCCAGCUGCCCUGCAACAGGUGAAGAACCCAGUCCCUCGAGUCAGACACCCGGACUGGCUCCACAAGAAGCUGCUGGAGAAGAGCGACGCCUACAAACAGAAGAAGAUCAACGAGCUAUUCACAGCGUCUGAGAAGCGACAGGUGUCGGGUCAGCAGGAGGGUGCCGCCAGCGUGGAGGACAUGGAGGACUUCGGGGCGUCCCACGUGGCUCCACUGGGCCCUGUGCCCAUGGCCACCAAGCGCAAGCGGGCGGAGGUGGAGAGCCAGGACCGUGAGUCCCAGGACCUAGAGCUCACGCAAACGUGGAGAGAGAUCCUGGGGCCACCCCCUUCCAUCGGGACCACCGCGGAGGAGAUGGCCACCUGGAUUCGCUUUCACAAGAAGAAGUGGGAGAUCCAAACACGGCAGCGCAAGGAUCGCUCCAAGCGCAGGCGGUGCGGCUCGGGCGAGGGGGGCCCAACAGCUCAUGGAACGAGGGGCCCCCUGAGGGGAGGGAGUGCCCUCAACACCGGCCUGGGGGGCUUCCUGAUGCGGGCUGCACGCUCCCUCCUGAGUACUCCCUGGCAGAUCGUGCAGAUCGCAGAGGGCACGCAGGCGGGCAUGUUUCGCGUGUGGUGUGUGGUUGGCACCGAGCUGCACGUUGUGAAAUUGCACAUCCCGCGCAUCUUCUACGUGAACCAGCGCGUUGCCAAGCCCGAUGAGGGGCCCAACUACCGCAAGGUGAACCGUGUGCUGCCACGUUCAAACCCGGUGCUCAACCUGUACGAGUACACAGUGGCCGAGGAGCUGUACCAGCAGCACUUGAACCAAAUCAACGCUGACCUCGCCGCACCGCACAUUGAGGGUGUUUACGAGACACAGGUCCCCCUGAUGUUCCGCGCGUUAGUGCAGCUGGGCUGCGUGUGCACGGUGAGCCGCGAGUCGGCGCGGCAGCAGGGAGCCCUCGACGUUGACACGUUCCAGCUGGAGCAGCUGGAGAUGAGGUCCCUGGCACAGUACUCCUAUCUGGAGCCCGGUACGAUUCGCCACAUGUACCUGUAUCACUGCAGCCAAGGCAGCAAGGCCCUGCUGGGCCUCUUCAUCCCCACGCAGAGGAAGGCCUCCGUGUUUGUGGUAGACACGGUCCGUAGUAACCAAAUGCCGAACCUGGGCGUGGUGUUCACGGCGGAGCGCGCGGCGCUGCUCGCGAUGCUGGGCGAGGAGCUGCUCCCGCCUCCGGAGCACGGCUUCGAGGUGCGCGUGGAGACCGACCUCAAGCAGGCCUACCGCGGCCUACAACGCCUGCUGCUCUCAUACAAGGACUCGCGUAAGGGCCCCACUCUGGUUGCGGUGGAGUCGGCGUGGCCAUCCCAGCGCGUGCGCUCCGCUAUGCCGGUGCUCGACGACUUCCCGGUGGUGUGGGUCGGCAGCGCCGGUGCGACGAGCCCGGCCGGCCCAGCGGACGACCCGCCCAGCCUCAGCGUCCUCGACUGGCAGAGGCAGGGGGGGCGGCACAUGGUGCGCGCCUACCUGCGCGUCGACUCAACCCUUGCACGGAUGUUCGACGUGGCACGGUACCUGCACGUGCCGGUGGGGAACCUUCCCGAGGACGUGGAGGCAUUUGGCUGUGACCUGUUCUUUGCGCGUCACCUACGGCGUAACAAUCACCUACUGUGGCUCUCGGCCACGGGGCGACCUGACCUGGGCGGCAAGGAGGCGGAUGACGGGCGGCUGGCGUGUGACACCCGCGACGCCAAAUCCUUCCACAUCAGCUGCCCCUCGGCCUACCACGCAGUCUGCGCGGAGUUGGACAUCCAGUCGCUGGCGGUAAACGCCGUGCUGCAGUCGCACCACAUCAACGACCUCGAGGGUGGAGCGAGCGGCGGCGUGAGCUUCGACUCGGCGCCGCAAGCCUCGCUGGCCGACAUGAUGACAUCCGGCACGUCCUCCAACACGGCAUUGGCGAGCUACGACGAGGCCGCGCUGUGCUCCAACACCUUUCGCGUACUCAAGGGCAUGGUGGUCGGGUGGGUGCGGGAGAUCAGCCGCUUUCAGAACGCGUACGCCGACAACCAGGUGACGCAUUUCCACCGCUGGGUAAGCUCACCGGCAUCGCUGCUCUACGACCCUGCGCUCCACCGCACGCUGCACACCGCCAUGAAGAAGCUCUUUCUGCAGCUCAUCUCGGAGUUCAAACGGCUUGGCUCGCAGAUUGUCUACGCUGACUUCAACCGCAUCAUCGUGUGCACGCGGAAACACCGCAUCGAGGAUGCCAUCGCCUACAUGGAGUAUGUGACCCGCAGCAUCAACUCACGGGAGAUCUUCCACUCCAUAUCCAUCUCCUACUCGCGCUGCUGGGAGACGCUGCUCUGGCUCGACUCAUGCAACUACGCGGGCAUCGUGGGGCAGCUACCACCUGCCCUGCUGGGGGAGGAGGCCGGCAUAAAGACUCCUGCAAAAAAAAGACGGAAGAGGAAACCUUCAGAUGGAUCAAAUGUAGAAAACGAUUAUGAAUGUUCCGAGGAGGAGGAUGAUGGAAAUGAAGACGGUGGCGAUGAUGAAGAGGAUGCCAUGGAUGAGUCUCGUCUUGACAACCACUGGAACUUGGCGCUGUUUUUGCCGCAGGCCGCCUCCUGCCAGACGUACUUCCUUACCAUCGUGAGCGCAUAUAUCAUGGCAGUGUACCACAGCCUGCAGGAGGAAAUGAAGCGAAACGAGCCCGGAGACACCCCGGUGAAGCGGAGGGGACACGGGAGCCAGUCCACACAGGCUGCAGACAAGGACGGCUUGCCUGGCACGACGUCGUUCUGUCAGGAGUACGUUGCCGGGGAACUUACACACAACCUCUUCACCAUCACCCAGAAGAUCCAGCGGCGUGUGACAGGCCGGCGGAACGCAGAUGGCUUGUCGCCCCUCUUCCCUGAGCUUCCGGGGUCUCACCUACCCCUGGCCAACCCAGCUCUCGAGUUCGCUAAGGCCGUGUGUAAGGUUCUGUCACUGGAUGGUGCAGUGGCGCUGCAGGUCAGCAAACUGCGCAGGGAUCUGCUUCGCUUGCUGGACGUGGGGGAGUUUUCGAGUGACGCAGAGUUCCGGGAUCCAUGCCUCUCGCUAGUGCUGCCUGAGCUCAUCUGCCACCACUGCAACUACUGCCGUGACAUCGACUUGUGCAGGGAACCAGCACUGGCUCAGGAUGGAUCCGUGCUUCCCAAGUGGCAGUGCACCAACUGCUCGGCAGACUACGACGUGGAGCAAGUGCAAGCUGCUCUGGUGGAGACCGUUCAGAAGAAGAUCAUGUCCCACGUGCUGCAGGACCUGGUGUGUGAGAAGUGCAAGGGGGUGAAGGAGGCCAAUAUGCCUGCGUUCUGCGAUUGUGCCGGUGAUUUCCAGCUCGCCCACCCUGCCCAGGAGUUUGUGGAGCAGUUGAAAGUGUUCAGAAACAUUGCGAGACACUAUGCGAUGCCGUUCCUGCUGGAGACGGUGAACUGGAUAUUGCAGGGCAGCUCGGGCGAAUAGAAGAACAUAACCACUACCCUGGUGGUGGCGCAGCAUGGCAGAGAACACGAGCUGUAUUCGGAACUGCGACAAGAGGUGUAUUAGGCAAUCAAGACGAACAUCAGACGUCGUCGUGGCCAAAGCUGUUUGAUGCCACCACUCCUCCCCAGCGUGCUCUACUGUCAGUAGACAUGCGACUGGCCACAACGGUAUCACACCACGAUCUGCUCUUAAGUCUUCCCCUUGGUUACUGGACUCUUGCAGACCAUUCCAAAGCCCGUCUUGGUAAUCGGCCCUCCCCCCAUCCUGCACACACACGUCCUACCCAGCUGCAGUGCAGCUGUUUUUGCCGAUCCUAUUUUAUAACGGGCAUGAGGAAGCCGGGAGGUUGUAUUCGAUGCUCCACGAAAACAUUUUCCUCCAUUCAUCUGCUGACAUGACUGAAAUCUCAGAUUGUGCUGUUGGGGAACAAUAUUCCAUACACGCACUUCGUUUGCUUCACAGUGGACGUUCAAGAUCCAAUGACAUUCGAAAAAUAACAGUUGGCCAUGUGUCGACUUCACACCCGCAAUUUUAUUUAUCACUAAGCAAUUAUUAAAUUGGGGAAAAUAUACCCAACAUCGCCUCCUACUGGCAGACGAAUGCCCAUUUGUAGGCCAGUGCUGUGUACACCUUGUGCUGUGUAGGGAGAUAGUGCCACUGCUGCUCUUCUUGGCUAGGCUGCAGCAGAGCAUUAAAAUGGUUGCAAUGAGAUCCGAUAAGGAGCUUUUAGUUGCUGAGAAAUGUAAGCAAGCACCCUACACAUGCAAUUGUUUUGUCCACAGGCACCUGCUGGCUGGUGUUAAGUGAGAAGCAUUGAAUGAAAUCCAGCAGUCAUUCUGUGGUAUCUUUCAAGGCUUUUCCCUAUGUGGUGUUCUGCUCACAGUGCAGUUACACAGUGCUUUACGUGUCCCAGAUGUCUUGAUAGUAGAAUUGGGAUCGGCUGUGAUUUCAUUUGAAAUGUUAUUUUUAAAAACAUUUUAUAUUUCAACGAAUAGUAAGUUGUGGAAAAGAAUACACGUGAACAAGAAAGUGUUUACCUCUUAGAACUGAAUUACAACAGUGCAAAAGGUAGAGGUACAGCCCUAUAAUUGCACGGUACUAGUGGCGAAAGGGCCUCCACUGCAGUGAAUUCUAGAGGGUAUUUAGUCUACUCUUCCACGUUGACAAGCCGUUGGAAGAGGUGUGCCUACCCACACUCUACCCCACCACGUGCUCUACUGAUUGACUGAGCUGUACCCAUUUGUCUGCUGGGUGGACGGAGGUGGUGGAGAGGGAUUUGAGAAACUUGCCACCAGAGUUUCAACUGUAGGAUGGAACUGAACCGGCAACCGCUGGGAAUGAUGUUGAGUGCUAACCAUCGAUUACAAAAGGGCGAGUGUGUCUAGGCCUUUAGAUACUGAGCUGGUUGGUAGGUUGACUCGGCUUAUAAUCCCUCCAGGUUCGAUAAAAUAAGGAUCACUUUAUGGAGAAGUCAUCGGUGGAUGUCCUAUCGACUUGCCUCCACCAUACGGAUAUGGAGGUUCCACUACUGUGUCAAAGUUGUAAACAGAUGGGCACCGUCUCAAUGCUAAUUUGAGCAUGAAAUUACCUUGAGAUACCAAGCUGCUAAUAAAGUU